GUAACCAUUUUAGGCACAGGUCAAUAGUAGGAGAGCCUAUAUAAAGCAUUUUUGGAAGUUACUUCCGUCCAUGAAACAUUUCAGCACGUAAUAUUAACGUGCUAGAUCACUAAAUUAUGUUGCUGUUAUUCGCUUGUGCGUUUAACCCUUUUAAAGACGAAACUCACGACAUAACCUUGAAACACAAAAGUUGCGUGUGUUUGUUCGUUUGUAGCUUGAGUACGGAUGCACCGAUUUGCGGCCAAUUUUGAAUUUGUAUUCCUUGAGAUCAGGAAGAGAACAUGGGAUAUUCAGAACUGCAGUUAAUUGUCGUGAGUCCGAUUCCCGAUGCACGUUUCAAAGCCGAAACAAAGCCAUUUUUAUCGAGAUGAGGUUAGGAAUACAAGAAGACAUGACGUUUACGAACCGAAGCCGAAGGUCGUGACGAAAUUCUUCGCGACAUCGACACGUGCUGCCAUCUAUGGCACAGCAAACGAAUCACAAUUACAACUAAAUGAAACGUGAGAACUAACCUCAAAAUUCAGCCUGGGUAGCUAUAGUUCUCUAAGCACUUUUCAGCAGAACAUCGCUACCUCGGUUCAGAUUCAUCUCUAGUUGCAUACUUUUGAGAUUUAUAGUUAGCUUGGGCAACUGCAGCUAAAAGAAUCUACAGUAAGACUCCCACUCUUAGCUUACGUACCUGUCGUGAUUAACAACGCAGCCAAUGACGUCACAGUCCUUUCAUUUCCUAAAAGGAAUACAAAAUUACAUUAAUCUGAUUUCGGGAAAUAAUUUUCCCCGUUCGAGGAAUAUUUUCUGUUUAUAAUUGGGAAGGCAAAUACUACGAUAUCAGAAAUAUCUUUUUUAAUUUGCGGAUGCGUAAAUUAAACCUAGAGCAGUAAUAGUUGUGUGUAUCAUUCCGCCGCUGUAGACUUGCAGUUUGUAUUCCAAGCAGUCUGUGACGAUUACGGUUCACGUCUGGUCAGAUUCCAGUUCGAGCCCUGUGAAUGUUGGAGACAUUUCUUCUGCGGAAAAAUUGUGUGGUUGCCGUAAGAGGUACAAAUUGGCUUGUUCAGCAUUUUACGGAGUUUUAUCCGAGUAUUUUCUGAAGCAGAUGGAGACGAGAGGCAAGGGAGUCACCGUAAGGGUGAGAAACUCGUGUCUCAAGCCGGAUGAGUGGACGACCAAUGAAAUCGUCAGUUGCGAACCAGAGCCCUUCGCAGAUGUUGAUGGCAACGGGGGCGACCAGCUUGCGUCCAAUUGUGACAGAAUAUGAUCCCAAGAAAAGGACUGCACGGACAGAACUUGCAGAUUUGGUAUUAACAAAAUAUAAAUGUGAGAAAAAUGGAGUUCCCAUCACUGCUGUUGCUGGUUCUACAACACCACUGGUUGAUAAACCAGCCCUUGAUGAAGAGGCUGGUUACAACCCAUUUGAACAUCGCAACCUGUCGCACCCCACCAGCGAUCUAGAUACCUUAAUCCAUCUACUUAAAGGGAGCUUAGGAUCUGGAAUUUUGGCUAUGCCAAUGGCCUUCAAGAAUGCUGGUCUGACAUUUGGUGUAGUAGCUACUUUUGCUAUUGGAUUCAUCUGUACAUAUUGCGUACAUAUUCUGGUUAAAUGUUCACAUGUAAUAUGCAGGCGAACACAAGUUCCAUCAUUAGGGUUUGCAGAAUUGGCUGAGGCAGCUUUCCUGGCCGGUCCUAAAGCUGUACAUAAAUUUUCAGGAUUGGCAAGGGCACUGAUAAACUUGUUCCUUGUUGUGGAUCUGUUAGGGUGCUGCUGCGUUUACAUAGUAUUUGUUGCGACAAACAUCAAACAGGUUGCAGAUCAUUAUGCGGACAGUAAGAUAGACCUAAGGCUGUACAUGGUAAUGCUGGCAUUACCGCUUAUUCUUCUCAACAUGGUCCGUAACCUGAAGUGGCUUGCGCCAUUCUCUAUGAUUGCCAACCUGCUUAUGGCGACAGGUGUUGGGAUAACCUUCUACUACAUUUUUAUUGAUCUUCCAAGCGUUGAUGACAGACCACAUUUCACUUCUCUUCAUCAACUUCCACUCUUCUUUGGCACUGCGAUCUUUGCACUGGAAGGAAUUGGAGUGGUGAUGCCAUUAGAAAACAACAUGAAGACUCCUUCCCAUUUCAUUGGAUGUCCAGGAGUUCUUAACAUUGGAAUGGCUGUGGUUGUGAUGUUGUACACUGGAGUCGGUUUCUUUGGUUUCCUUCAGUAUGGCGAUGACACGAAGGGAAGCAUAACUCUGAACCUCCCUGUCACUGAAGUUCUGGCUCAGUCAGUUAAAGUGAUGAUUGCAGUAGCAAUUUUCCUUACAUAUGGACUGCAGUUUUAUGUACCCAUGGAAAUCAUUUGGAAGUCCAUUGGACACAGGUUUGGUGCACACAAAUUUGCAGCUGAGUACGCUGUCAGGACCAUACUUGUAAUUGCAACAGUGGCGAUAGCUGUGGCAAUACCGCAGCUGGGACCAUUCAUUUCACUAGUGGGUGCUGUCUGUCUGUCCACUCUUGGCCUCAUGUUCCCAGCCAUCAUCGAAAUUGUAACAUUUUGGGAUUCACCGGGCAUGGGAUCUUGUUACUGGCGACUGUGGAAGAACGUCUUCAUAAUCCUAUUUGGAGUCCUCGGCUUCAUCACAGGCACAAUAACAAGCAUUGAAGAGAUUAUAACAGAAUUUGGAGGCACUGAGUGAACUUCAUCAGUGCAAGAGAAGAGAUGCAAAAGAUGGGAGCAGUCGCUGCUUUCUAGUUUAACUGGUUUGGUAUAGAGGGCUUUCAGUUCUGGCAGUCAGUAAACUGUGGUAUUCUGCAGAGACUCAGGUUUUAUCUACCAAAUGGGUCUGAUGACUGGUGUGUCAAGAAAUUAGUAAUUUCAUUACAACAUGAACUUUAACUUAUAUAUUAUACAGCAUGCUUAACCGACCAGAGUUUCUUAAAGAGUAAACCCUGGUGAUCAUAUUGAUGAAAUUAGUUAGAGCAGUCAACAGUAUUAUGCUGUGAAUGAAUACACUUUGGAUGUAUAAACAGAAAGUACCCUGGACAACAGCAGUAAAAUACUGAGAAAGGAGUAUCAUUAAUUUAGAAGAAGAUCACAAGUCUUCCAUUACCCUAACAGUCUUCUCUUUUUAUUCUGUCUUCAGUUCAUGUGCUCUAUUUAUAUUUUUGAAUGUGUUCCUUUAGGACACUGUUCUUCACAGAGGUUAUCAUAUGUAGUUUCUGAACUUACCUUAAUAUUGUUUAGAAAUAAACAUAAAUGAACGUAUGUUCUGAUAUGUUUUGAAUAUUGUUUUCUGUAUGCUAUUUCUGAACACACCUGUUUGUUAUGGCCUGAGCAUGCAGAGACUAGUUCCACAUGCAAGUGGAAUGAAUUAGUGUUAAUCAUGUAAAUAUUACAUGCCCUUGCCUUGUAGUGCUAAGUUUUAGUUAGCAAAUUUCAACGCUGACUACAGCAAGGUAGUGCUGAUUCGCUACAAAGUAGUGAUGCAGAAGAUAUGGUUAUGAUAUUUCCUUGCUUUUUACAAGGAAGAUCCCAAUUAUAGCCAUUUAGUGAGGAUGUUUUCUCAGUGGUCAAGUUCCUGCAUUGAGAACCAGCAGUUGUGUGUUUUUAUUGAGAAGGUAAUGGUACUAACUGAGUUAAAUGUAUGACCACACUUGAGUUAUUUUUAUGUUUAAAGUGACAGUAUAAUUUUAUGAUCAAAUUACACUUUUUACUUGUAAUGACUGUUGUUUAACCUCUUAAGUGGGUUAUUUUUAUAAUAAAAUUAUAUACAACAAUUUAAUUACGUGUAAAUGAAUGACUAAAAAUACUGCCAAAUUCAAGGGAAUGAUACUCCUUGUGUUGUAUAUAACUGCCAUUUGUAUGCUGCAGGAGGAGUAAGUAAUAUGUAAAUGCACACAGUAACUGCAGGUGGCAUACUCAUUUUAUUACAGGCAAAUAUUCAUUUCACCCACUUAAGUGGUUAAUGUAGCAUGUGUUUUAACUAAAGAUGCUUGGUGUGUAAUAUGCAUAUAGACAGUGUACAGUACAGUGUUAGAAUAUUAGAUGCAUAUGGUUGUUUUUGUAAUGUUAGAGUCAACAGUUCUGUCUGUAGUAAUAUCAAAGUUUUAAGUAUGAAAUUGUUCACAAAUUAAAGGGGAGGGGGUUAGAAGACAAUUUGAUGUUGAGUGAACCAGAGGUGUGUUACCAACUUUGAAAAUGUUAUUUAACCUAUACCAGUAACAUAACCCUAUUUUUUUUGUAGCUGUAAGCAUUUAGUUUUAACAUGAAAUUUACAUUCAACUUCCUCUUUUAUGAAUGGCUGCCUUUUAAAAUGUUUAUUUUAUUGGUAUUAUGUUUACAUAUUAUCUGUUUAUGUAAUGCCAUGUAUGUGUCUGUGUUUAUGUGCAUGUGUGCGUGCACGUGCAUCAUUAUGGAAUCAGUUCAGUUGCAGCACACCUCUGGGACAAAUUUUGAUUGACAAGAGAUCUAGCAGCAGGACCUUACAGUUCAGUUGUGGAGUAAACCUUGCUUGUUAUUCUUGGACACAUGGGAUGUACCUGAAAUGAUGUAUGACAUGAUUUUAUUUAUUUUAUACGUGUUAGCGUGAUGCUCUGUCAGUAGAUCAUUUAUGGAGUCAGGCCAGGAAUUACUUUCUGUUCAAAUGACUUUACAGACACAAAAAGACAGUAUUACGUUGUCUGUGCAGUUAAAUCUUGAUACAGUGCCCCUCUGUAUACCACUACCCUACAUUUUGUUCAUGAAUGCCUCAGAACAUAAAUUCUAUACAUAAUUUUAAAGGGAGUACCCCAAUGGGAUGGCAUCCCCUGCUAGCCACCAUCCACCAAUAUAUGUGGCAAUACAAAUCUACUGUUAAGCACUGUAAUCAAGUAUGAUACAGUUCCAUGCCAUUUAGUUUCCAUUGGAUGUGCAGAUAACGUCCUGGAAUAUUUUUGGUUUUAAAAGUACACGAACUUCUUCAUUAACAAAUAAGAUCCACUCUGGAGAGUAAAAGAAAAAAAACACCUAUAUUAUCUCGGGGAGGAGCUCGGUUGCUGCUUGGGGUCAGCGGUAUAAAUAGCAUCAUUCCUGUUCUAAGCACUUAUCAGUACUUGAACCUGCUACUGAGAGGGUGUUUGAUUUUACGAUAGAAAUAUUACCCAAUAAAAGAAGCUGCAUAUAUUAACAUUCCAAGAAAUCUGGUAGAACAGUUGUAGACCUACCCCUUUGCUUUUGAUUUUUGUUGGGGUUAGUGAACUCUUCCAUAAUGGAAGUGUAUUCUGCACAUUUUUAGUAAGUGAUAUACAGUAAGAAAGAUACAUUAGUCUUAAUAUAAUUACCAUGCUGGUCACAGUAAGGAAGUUAAACAAUAUACAGAUACACAUGUGUUAGUAUAAUCACAAUCAGUGGCAUUUGUCUGACAUGGGGAAAAGUGCUGAAUGCAAUCUUACAGGAUCAUCUCAAAUCGACCAGUUAAGGGAUGCAAGGAGGCAAACGACAGAAUUACCAUUGCGGUUUGUGCAACUGAAGAUGGGAAUGACAGGAGAACUGUAAAUGUGGUAGGAAAAUCUGCAAACCCUUGAUGUUUAAGCUUACCAACCCAUCAGGUUGUAGUUACAAUUUUGGGAAUGGGCUAUCCUGAAUGAAGUUUUCUAGUUUUGCCAUUUGACAUAAAAUUUUCCCUCAGUCCUGUCAGGUGAAUUCUGUGGUAGUACCUUGAAACCUGAUUCCUAUCUUAUUUUUCUUAUUUCAGUGAUACAAAUCUUCUUUAUAUCUCACUAGUGGUUUAUAGCAUGCUCAUGUAUCACUGGAAUUUGUCCAUUCUUAAAACAAUGCAAAGUUUUGGAAAUGUAUCCUUUUAAUUAUAUGUUGAUGCUGUAUUUUGACAAGAGUUAUUGAGUACCACAAGUGCCUAUGGUAAUUCCUGGUCUGCAAGAUCGUCUGGCAUAUACAUAAUACUUAUUGCUGUCUUGAAUGUGUGGACACAAGAGUAGCCCUACAUAUAAGAAUUACAGUUCCAUAAAGUCAGUGGUGAUUCUUGCAUGCAAACUUUUUCCCUUCUUCAUUAUGAAAUCAUAAAAUGCCAAAUAAUUGUUUUACUGAAGUUAAAUGUUCAGUAUUAUAUUGAAAUUAGUCCUUUUACUGUGUGCUUGGUAUGAAACCUUCAUGUUGGCAUUGAAAGGGUUAAAUAUUUAUCAUUGUAUUAAUAAAUACAAUUUUGUCAAUAAUGCUGUAAUAUCUAAAUAUCAGUAAUUUGGUUUUAAUAAUUGAGAUUUAAUAUGUAUAUCUGUAUUGUUUAGAUGAAGUCAAUUACAAGAAGUGGGAAAACUUUGUGUGACCCACUAUAGUCUGCCAGAUAUUCCAUGUCAGAAUGACUACAUCACAAAACUGAUCUUUUGAAUUUUAAAUACUUCCAUGCAUCCCACCAAUGUAUCAGUCUGCUUUGGUGUCAUGUCAGUCCUCUUCAAUAUAAUACACAGAGAGUAUUAUUUUUAUUAUUAUUGUUUUUGUUGCAAUGAGAUAGGAUUAUGACUCUGUAGAAGUGGGUCGCUUACAGGCCAGUUGUACAGCCUCCAGAUGAUACUGAAUGAAUAUGAAGCAUUGAAGGAAUGAUACUGUCAGGGAAGAAGCCAAAGGAUUUGCAUAAAAACCUGUUCUAGUGCCACUUUAUCCGCUACAAAUCCCAUGUAAACUACCCAGAGUGUCAACACAGACCUCUGCAUUGUGAAGCCCACAACUAGCCACCUAAGCUAUGGCACAGAAAUGUAGAUAAAGCUUCAAGAAAAUAUAUUUUUGCAUUGAUCAAUUAAUCGACAAGCCACAAUACAUAUAUUUAAAAGCUUAUGCACACACGACACCAUGAUCAUAUUUAGUGUUCAUGAGGACAAAAUCAUUAUAUAACAGAAGCUUAUACAGCUAUAGCCUUUGAAAAUGUGUGCAAAGUUCAAAAAUUUGAGAAUAAAGAUAAAAAAUAAAAAUUGCAUCCAUGAAGAAAUUAGGAGCAAAUUAAAUUUUGGGAAUAUUUACUACUAUGCAGUUCAGAAUCUUUUGUCUUCCCAUCUGGUAUUUAAAAAUAUGAAGAUAAAACUCUAUUCCUGUCUGCUGGUUUGUGUAGGUGUGAAACAUGAUAUUAAGGGGAAAAUACAGACUGAGGGUGUAUGAGAACAGGGUGCUGAGGAGAAUAUAUGGACCAAAGAGAUGAAAUAACAACAGGCUGCAAAAGAUUGCAUGAAGAUGUGGCCCAUAAUUUGUGUUCUUUAUCAUUGUAAAAUCAAAGAGGAUAAAUGGAUGGGGCAUGUAGCAUUGGGGAGAAUCCAUAAAAAAUUGUAGUUGCAGACCCUGAAGGGAAGAGAUCACUUGCAUGGUAGAUAGAUGAGAGGAUAAUAUUAAAAUGAACUGUAAGGAAAUAGGGUUGGAGGAUGUGGGCUGGAUUCAUCUGGCAGGCUCUUGUGUACACAGUAAUGAACCUUUGGUUUCUAUAAAAGUUGGGGAAUUUAUUCAUUAGCUGAGUGACUUACAUGAAACUUAGAAGAUGCUCAAGAAGAACUGUGCUCCAUGGAGUUCUUUUGUUAUGUUGAUAUAAGCACAUAUUGUCUUCUUUGGUAUAUUUAUACAUUAGCCAAUCUUACAUUUUAUCAUGGUCCACUUUGAUUCAAUUUUAGCCCUUCAAUUGAGAAAUAUUAUGUUAUAUAAUCUGUAUUUCAAUAAGUUUGUUUUUGUCAUUGAUAUCUGAAAUAUCAGCCCUUUAUAUGUAAUCAUUGAAGAACUCUAGCAGUAGAAGACAGCCAUCUUCAGACUCAAAACCACGAAAACCUCGAAUCCUAACUAUAGCAUUUUUGUCAGUGAUGGUCUUCUGUGUUGUGAUGCCACAUGGAUGUGUAGGUAGAUGCCAGUGUUUAGGGGAACAUUCUGCCUUCAUCUUCAGCCUACAUGGCAUCACAACCAAGAAGACUAGUAUCAACAUUUUCUCCAACUGUGAGAAUCUCAAAUCUCUAGUGGUAUUGUGUGUUAUGUCAAUUCUGUCAGAAAUUUUGUAUAUGCUAUUGACAACAUUGAUAAGAAAGAAAAACUACUUGUGGAAAGUAAAAAUAUUGAUUGUUAUUGAUGAUUUGAAUUUAAAAUGUUUGUGACUAUAAUCGGGCAUUUCCAAAUGUUCCACAGAAUCACCACUGACACAGUUACCUUGCUGCUGAUGUGUAUGGAGAUCAAAUGUUUCUAUCUGUAAUGUGACCAAAACACUUUUUAUAAUGAAAUUAAAAGAGUAAGACAAGACUUGUAUAUGAAGUUUCCAUGAGAAGUAAAUUGAUAUUGCCCUAUGCUUCAGCAUUAGGGCAAGACGUCUCAUUUCAGGGGCUGUGGGGUGAGUUCUUCAUCUCAUACUUUUGUGAUAUAGUGUACAGGCUCAAACAGAAACUGAUAUUUUCAAGAGAUGUGUCUAGAAGCUAAUGUAUUUGUUAUCUAAAUGGUAUAUUUUUAUAAAGCAGCUUUAAAAUUCUGUUUUGAUUUUGGCGCCUGAAAUUACCAUUUAAAGUAUUUUUACUGUUUAAUGGUGCAUCUGUUUUUGAAUGAAUGUACAUCUCCAGUUUUAAAGUAGGUUUGAUUAUAUUAUACAAACUGUGUUUUUGUAGAAGGAUCUGACCGCUUGUGUAAGCAAUUUAAUCAACAGAUUGUAUCUUGUGUAAUUUUGAAAUGUAUGCUACCAUGUAAACUGGCUUCUGCCUCUAACUGUCCAAUUUCUUGUAGAUCAGGGUUAUGCAUUUUGCAGUUUUGAAACAAGGUGGAACCCUGCAAGAAUGCUAUUUGGUGACAGAACAGUAAAUGUAUACUGUAAAUAUAGCAUCAGGCAUAUUGAAUGAAAAGUCUUCAUGUAAUCUGGGAUGUUUGUGUCAGUGGAUAUUCUAACUUAGCUAUCAUCAACCUUUUUUCUGUGAUGGGCAAUGAGGAGAAGCUUAAAAUGUAUAUCAGACACAGUAUUAUUGUACAGAAGAAACCAAAUGAAGUAACUUUAUUAUAACAGAUUUGUGCCUUGUUUUCUUACAACAUGACAUUUUCCAAAACAUUGUUUUGGCACACUGCAGUUUUUACGUACUCUCUAUAGAACAGAGAAGUGUAGUAUUAACAUUUCAUUGAAAGCCAUAUUUUAACGUUUAAUAUCGUUGGAAUUGAAUUGAAUAUGAAGAUUUUAAAAUUUGUAUUAUUAUAAGCAUCCCAGAUCUGACUGAAUUUUAAAUUAGUAGUUUUUAUUUAUAUUUUACUUUGUAAUUUAUGAUUGUAUCCUUCUGCAGAAACAUGGUUUGUUAAUCCAGUAUUAAGCAGGAAGGUUCAAUGUUUGGAAAGUAUUUUAAUAUAUACAACAAUCCCACCCAUAGGUUGUGAACAAAGACAGUAUCAAACACUAUUUUUGGUUUGAUCUUAUUAUAUUUUAAGUACAUUAACAGAGUUUCAGCUAUGGAUUUUUAAUGGCAUGUGUAUAAUACAAGAACUUCUGUAUUUGAUUGUUACCCAGCAAACAUACAAACUUAUUACAUUAACCUGAAUAUAAGGCAGUCUCAACUAAGAAAUUUAAAUUAUGUGUAUUCAAUUUGUGAAUUAUAGAGAGCAAUUUUACAUUA